AUGAAACGCCCUUAUGAUAUAAUUGUAUAUGGUGCCACCGGCUACGUGGGUUCACUGGUGGUGCAGUACCUGUGGACUCACGGUCCAACAACCCUCCGAUGGGCAGUUGCCGGACGCAAUGAGCAGAAGCUGACAGUCCUUGUUGACUCCUUGGAUCAGACUCAAUCCCACAGCAAGCUGCUUAAUAUCCUGGUGGCCACCAAUAGCGACGAGGACUUGAAGUACAUUGCAUCCCAAACACGUCUUGUGCUCAAUACAGUCGGACCUUAUUGCAAGUACGGAACGCCUGUCGUGACAGCCUGUAUAGAGAAGUCCACCGCGUAUGUGGAUUGCACAGGGGAACCUGUCUGGACGCAGCAGUUAGCAGCACAAUGGCACGAAAAAGCGAUGGCGAACAAGGCAAUUAUCAUCCCCCACUGCGCCGUCGCAGCAACCCCCCCAGACCUAGUGACACUCCUCCUAUCCCGGCGAAUCCGCCGACCUCUAGGUCCCAUGAUUUCUACAAUCCAACACUCCUGGACCGGCCACAGCGGAGGCGUUAUCGAAAGCAUCCUCGCCGGCCUGGAGACAUACUCUCUCCGACAGAUACUGGCCGCCAGUUCCCCACUUGCAUCCUGUAUCCCAGACGCCGGACCACACCGACCCCAUCCUACCGCACCGAAACUCCCCGUCCAACGGAACUGCUUCCUCGGCGACCUCACCUUCAACCCCUCUGCAGUAGCGGAGCAACUUGUCGUCAUGCGCACCUGGUCACUCUUCCAGCGGUAUGGGGACCGCACCGAGCAAUAUGGUGAUCAGUUCAGCUACCACGGCUAUACAGCUGCGCCGGGGUGGCUGCACGCGUGGUCUUCGUUUCUAGUCAUGUCCGUGGUGCUUGUCUGCACUGUGCUAUUCCGGCCUCUCAGGUCGCUGAUGAGGUGGCUUGCGCCGCAGCCGGGGACAGGGCCGCAGUUGAAGCCUGGGGAGAAGCAUUUCGUGGAGUGGAAGGCCACGGUUGCGGCGGCUGAUGGAGGCGGACCGAGGGUCUUGGGUGUCAUGCGCAUGGAGACGGAUGUGUAUAGCGUCUGUGCUAUACUAGUUAGUGAAGCUGCACUGGCCUUGCUGCAAGUUUUGGAUGGCAAGGAUGACGAAGACUCAAUGGUGAAGAAAUUGCGAGGUGGGGUUCUUACCCCGGCUUCAUUGGGAAAUCAGUAUGUGCAGCGGUUGGAGAUGGCGGGAUUGCAGUGGAAGGUCAUGAAUAUCGAAUAG